AUGGUUCUGAUCUUAAAAGCCUCCAAGCAGAUCAUCCUUUUAGAACUCACAGUUCCCUGGAAGGAUUAUAUCGAGGAGACCAAUGAGAGGAAGAGAACCAAGUGUACCGAGCUGGUAGAAGAGUGCCGGAGCAAUGGCUUGUCGCAAGGUACAAGCCAAUUAAGGUUAAGCUGCUGUUAUAUGACAGAUGAUGGUUGUUCUGCUCUGACUUCAGCUCUGAAAUCAAACCCAUCACACCUGAGAGAACUGAACCUGAGCGGGAAUAAACUAGGAGACUCUGGAGUGAAAAACCUCAGUGAUCUACUGAUGAACCCACAAUUCAAGCUGGAGAAACUACAUCUGUGUGAAUGCAUUAUUACAGAGAAACAGUGUUUCAUCCUGACUUCAGCUCUGAAAUCAAACCCAUCACACCUGAGAGAGCUGGACCUCAGUGGAAAUGAAAUAGAAAACACAGGAGUGAAUCACUUAUGUGACGUACUGAAGGAUUCACACUGUAAACUGGAGAGAUUGAGGUUAAAAGGCUGUGAUAUGACAGAUGAAGAUUGUUCUGCUGUGACUUCGGCUCUGAAAUCAAACCCAUCACACCUGAGAGAACUGGACCUGAGAAUGAAUGAACUAGGAGACUCUGGAGUGAAAAACCUCAGUGAUCUACUGAUGAGCCCACAAUGCAAGCUGGAAAUACUAGAUUUGUGUGGAUGCAGUAUUGCACAUGAACAGUGUCUCAUCCUGACCUCAGCUCUGAAAUCAAACCCAUCACACCUGAGAGAACUGGACCUGAGUGAGAAUCAAAUAAAAAACACAGGAAUGAGUCACUUAUGUGACGUACUGAAGGAUUCAGACUGUAAACUGGAGAGACUGAGUCUAAAUUUCUGUGGCAUUACAGACGUUUCUGCUUUAACUCAGGCUUUGACAAACACAAAAGCACUGCAGUUUCUAAAAGAGCUUGAUCUGAGAAACAAUAUGAUUGGAGACUCAAAGCAGCAGCUCAUUGAUGUGCUACGAGACUCAAACUGUAAACUGAGGUGA